AUUUGUUCGUUUUACUGGCACUUGGCGCACACCAGAGGCAGGGCUAAAUUGCGGUGCAUUUCUUCUUUUAAGGACAGUGGCAUACAUGGAUGAUGGGAGAAAUUAAAUAUAAAAACAACUUUGUAUAUUCUUCACCGUGUUUCGUCUUAAACUCAGCUUAUGCCAGUUUUACAUGUGGUCGUGCGUUUGUGUGCCGUUUUUCGCACAAGAAUGAAUGAGGGAAAUGUGUUCCCUUGGAGACGCCGUAGCGGGUGUGCGAGCAGCAGUUUCCGCCCACUCCAACCUCAGCAGGAAGUCAGUGGAGUCCAGUGUGGAAAGUGAGCGAAGUAUCAAAACAAACUAACGGGCGCUCACACCGUAGUAUCACUCCAGCUAACGGGUCAGAACAUCAUCAUGGACGAUGUACCGAUUCCCCUGCGGUGCUUUAAUGAGUGCCAUCCCUCAGAAAUGUUGGUGGAUGACGGGGUGGAAACGGUGACUUCAAGGGAGCAGGUGAGAUUAGCUUUCUUAGAUAAUGUGGCUAAUGCUAAUGCUGCCGCUCUAGACCGGUGUUCUGUCGAAAAGUGCUUCUUUCAAAACGUGCUCUCCCGAGCGCUUAUCGUCUCGACCAUAACUCAUUGCUACUUUAGAUUAGGGGCGUUUCUAUUGUAAUUUUGGAUGAAAGUUUCGUGUUAUAGUAUCGUAACAUGCCUCCACGUUUCUCACAAUGCGAAUUCGUCAGGUAUUUGCGGUGAUGAUUCUAUCGGAAAAAAUAGACCAUCGAGAGACCCGUCUCCUGACUUAUGAAAUGUUGCUUAUUUUUUCCUAAUAUAUAAUAACGAAAUGCCUUUAAUACUCUGAUUAUGCAGAUGAAGUGAGUACGGGUUUAAUGUAAAGAUGUUCUGUUCUCGGAGGGUACUGCUAGAUUCCCUCUGCGGUGGCUUUUCUCGAUACAGGAGCAGAACUCUACAGAACACCACCAGAUCUUGGCUUUGGAUGAAGGCGCGGCUGUGUGACAGCUAUUGUACUGGCUUACAUUGGAUUUUUUUCGACCCUUUGGGUUUCCGAUUGAUGGUAAUAGAAUUGGAAAACAAGUUCGCCUCCUUUAACAUAGCUCUUCAACCAGCUUAAGAUGGCAUAGUUAAGCUUAAGGUGACUAAGCUAAGAAGCCAUGCAUUUUACAUACUUCGUUUCCUUUUCCCUGUGCCAGACAUUACUCUGUAUCUGCCUUAAAGCACAUUAAUGACAAGGGUGCUGAAAACAGUGUAACAGAAACCAUAGUAAAAAAUAAAUUAAUAAAAAAAAGAAGAAAAAUAAAUUGUGGGAGUUUAUUUAAGCAACGUGAACAGUAACGGGUCCAGUGGAGCAGCAGAUUUUGUGGGUUUCUGUUUUUAUUUUGAAGAGAUUUAACAAAGUAAUCGAGAUUAUUUUCUCUCCAUUGGCUGGGAUUUAACUUUAAAUAUUCCAAUCUGUGAAUGAAAUCAAUGUCAUAUUUUCUACAUCAAUUUUAAUAGACAUAAUAUUAAUUAGGUGUUUUUAGUCCCUUAGAUAAGAGACUGGUCUUUUAAGUUGAUUUAUGUGAAAUUGUACCAAAAGAAAAAUUCAGAUGAUAACGUUUACAAACCACCCUGCGGCUGCAGAGGUACGAGUUAUGAUCAUCUGAUGCUGCGUCAAAAUCAAGAGAAAACAACUGAAAUCAAAUAGCUGACACGGGAAAAGUGAUUUUUAGAACCGUUUGCAUGCCUGCUUAAGGCUUCCAUAGGCUGGCCUUUAAACUUAGAGAUUUCUCAAGUUAGCUGUCAGAUAAGAUACUUACACAGCUUAGAUGCGACACAACCUUUGUGAACCUAACCUAUCAGUUAAUUAGUUUCAGUUAAUCAGGUAUUUUGUGGUCUUGGAUUACAGUUUGUUAUCCACCUAACUGGUCAGCAGCACUAAUGAUCUGAGAAACCUGGAGAAAUGACAGAUCGCUGAUAUAUUCUUUAAGUCUAAAAUCAUGCUCGUCUGCUCCUCACUUGGUAUAAACGCACCAUCUACUUUCUAUUUAUCAGUUGUUAAUUAAGUACCGAGGAAGUUCAGACACAAACUUGUAAAAAUGUAUUAAAGGUAAUGUAGAAAUAAAUGGGAUGAAAUGAGCAGGUCCAGGUCAGGUUGUAUUUAUUCAGUACCAGCUCACACAGUAAUAAUGGUUAGAGACUGUUUUAUUGCUGUCUGAUGUUUACCUCUGUUGUGAUGUUUGACACACUUUCCUUUUCUGUCCCGACUUUUUCACCAGAAAAAAGUGGAGCGCAGCAUCGACGAAGUCUUCACUGUUUACAAGCAAAUACACAGCUUACCACAGUAAGUAUUCACAAAGUCCAUGGGCUGUUAGAAACCUCUACUGAUACAGCACAGGAUCAGUUUUACCAUUACAGAUUUAAAGCUGUUUUUUUUUUUUGUUUUUUGUUUUUUACAGAGGCAUUUCUCAGUUUCUCGCUUUUUGAAGCUCUUACUAUUUCCCCAACAGUAGACAUCAGUUGUUUUAACACAGGGUGGCUGGAUAAUGAAGCACAGGAAACUCUGACAGCAUGCCACACAGUCCCUCGAUCAAAUCUUGGACUACUUAGAUAAGAAAAGAUUACCGAUGAUAAACUUUAUUUCAACAACUUAAGCCACAAAUCACUGACCCCCUGUCAAUCACAGCUGGACUUUUGGCCAUUAACUUAGUCUGUAUGUAACAAUACAACACAGUCAGAUGACAUCAUAAACAUGAAACACACUUAAAUCCAAGAAAAACAAGACCUUUAAAUUAUGUACUUUACUCAUUUAUGAGCACAAAAAUCAUCUAUAGCAUCAAAAUCAACAAGAUCUUGCAGGUUUAUCUACUGCUGUUUCAGGUAGCUCUGACUAUAUGCAGGAAGGGGUUUGCAAUUAAAAUGAAGGUUGCAAAUUAACACCUGUGAAGUCUUAGCUGUGGACAGAUUUUUAGUUUGGUGGCUGGUGAGUAAAUUCAGACGGUAUUCACUGCAUAACAGGUAAACAUUUGUGCCAAUAUAGUCACCUAAUAAAAAAAUAAAUAUGCUGUAGUCAGCAACAGCUCCUCUAUCCCUUCCUUGCUGUCUGCAUGUCAGGGUUUCAUAGGGACAGGCUGACACAUACGCAAACAUAUCGUAUGCACACACAGGAACCCCAUACACCACUGUUUACUGCACUAAACGGGUGGGUGUUUGGGAUGAAGACUUGAUGACAGGGUUACUAACUUAAGCCCGCAGGAGGCUGAAUGUGUGUGUUUUUUUUUAAGAUGACCUCAGCCUCUGCACCCUCCAGGCGUAGCUGUGAAUACCUGAGCAUGUGUGUAUUUGCUUUCACCCCUUAGUUGCUUAGAGUGUGAUGUCAGUAUUAGUGCUUCAAUCAGGACAUCCUAAAUGACCUUACAUUAGAGAUCCAUAAGAACCCGUAUGGAACCAAACAUAAAGAACACGCUCCUCUAAAACCAUGGCAACAAAUCAGUCCUAUUAUACCGUAUGUACUGCAGCUGUAAUGGUGAAAAUGUAUUCAUGAGACUUUAAUAAUGUAAACUACAUUUCCUGCCAUUGUGAGGCCUUUCCAAGAACACUGCUCAUUGGCUGCGGCGUUGUUUGAUCACAGACACCUGCUGUUUGCAGAUAGAGAUGGCAGUGCGGUGAUGUAUGAAGGCUGUUUGUCUAAAUGCCAUGUUGAUCAGCCCACAUACUCAGCUCCUGCUAUCAGCUGUCAUCAUCAGCGCUCUCGUAAUGGGGUGACUCAUUUCAUUUCUAUGACAACUGCAUGGACUUGAGUGUCACAGUCUGCGUGUGUUCAGACUUAUAUGAAAAUGAACUUUGGUUGUCCUGACUUAGAGUUCAACACACAGGAGGAAAAGUAAGCAGGAGUUCAGUGUCAUAUUUUCCCACAGCAAAUGUGAAGGUAGAAUGGUUCAGACCUUUCCUCUUGUACCAUGUUCCCCAAACAAAGAACGCUCUUCUGUAGCUUCUGUAUUGAAGCUCUUGAAGCGCUGAAGGAACAAAGAUCCAUUCAGAGUUCACAAUUACUCCAGUAAGGACAAGCACUUACUUUUUUCUGUCUGGCAUUUAGAUUCAUAGCAGCAGGUCCUUUCAGUUCACGGCGAACCAGAUUCUGUCGGGGUCAGGGUCUGGGUCUCGAGAGUAUCCCUCAGAGUCCAUUUUAAGUUUCAUUUUAAUAAAUAAAAACACAAGAAUGGAACGAGCUAAAUAUGACUUUAUAGUUUUUAAUCAUGAUCUCUUGUAGGACUUGAUCAUAAAAGCACAUUUUAAUGCACAUAUACAGUCGAAACCCAUUUAAACCCUAACCACAGCACACAGGUGGACCAUAAACCUCGUUAGUAUAAAACCUCAGCUACAGAUUUAGUUUCCUCUCGGUAGCAUCUAACAAAUCUCUGAAGAAUAUAAAAAUUACACAUCCAAACACAUCAUGUCUAAUAAAGUGUGCUCUAUUGAGCAGUUUGUUAGAUUUGAAUGUAGAAUUUAGUAAUUAAAACAUUAAAAUGAGCAGAAACAUCUCUGGGAUCAGGUUCCUGCAGCAGUGAUUGAUUAUAAUGCCUGUUUAUGCAAGAGAUGAUGAAAUGUGGUGAACCUCUUAGAUAAUGAAAUGUCAAAGCCUCAAACAGCCGAGCAUUUGGACUCUCUGGUCUUCUCUAUGUGUUAGUUUCUGCUCACUUUUCUGCAGCCUGGUCUGCCUCUGUACGUUCAAACAGCAGGGUUGAAUCCCGGUCUGAUGAGCAGGGGCUCCAGUGGGUGUUCGCUGUUUAGUAUUGUUCCCCUCUGAUUAUUUUAACGCUGCAGAACUGCUGCCAUGAAACCUGGAGCAGCAAUCUGUGACUAACACUGAGAAGGCAGAGUGUAAUUACAAUCGUCAUGGUGAGCUCUGUGUGAAAAGGGCACACUGUGGAUAUGAACGGGUGGGUGGGCGGUGACAAGGUGGGGGGUGUCAGCUGUCUUUGACGUGUGUGUGUGUGUGUGUGUGUGUGUGUGUGUGUGUGUGUGUGUGGCUCUGGUGUUUCUGUUUAGCACACUGACAUUAAAAUGAUGAAAGAGGAGGACAGUGUGUGACUUCUGCUGUUGUGACACCUUACUGCCCCCCGGGGUCCAAUAAAGGGCUUUUUAAUUUCAAUUUUAACAUUAUUUUUCUAUGGACACAGAACCAUACCACGCACCACUGCAGUGAUAGCCUGAGUUUGUCUGCAGGAUGUUGAAGAUUUUAGUGUGCAUGAAAUAAUGGAUUUCUGCAUUUUUCCUUCCACAUAGCUCUAUUAUUAUUUACCUUAUUGUUUGUUUUUAUCGUCCUCAAUAAUUACAGAUAGCUGGAUUGAAGUCUCCAAGUCCUAUUAAGUUCAACAGUUUGGUUCCUCAUUUGUUUGCACUUUGAAACCGUUCUAUCUCAUCAAAUGCAGAAAUAAAACAACAAAAGUGUGAUAAUAUUAGAUAUCAGUCAUCAUACAACCGGCUCUCAUUAUCAAUAUCAGUGUGUCAGCCACUGAAAAAGUGAAACCAGUCGACCUCUAAUAUUUCUACAUCGUUCUAUGCACCUUUCUCCAGUAUAUAAAUGUUGUUUCAGUCAGUAACAUGUUUUAGAUGCAUUUUUGAGUGACUCCUAGAGCCAAAAAAAACCAUUAGGUUAUGGUACAGCUUUCACAACAACCUUUUGCCCUCUACUCACCCUGUGAAGACAAAAAAAAUAAAUAACUGAAAUGAAAGUGAACCACAUGGCCAAAAGUCUUUUUUUUUUCUUUUUUUUUGGGGGGGGUUGUGUAUUUUUGUGCUUGAUGCUAGAGAGGAAGGACAGUGGAUGGAGCAGGAAACUGUGAACAGGAGAGUGUGGGAGUGACAUGCAGCAGAGAGCUCCAGGUCAACAGGAUUUCUACAAAGACAGAAGUUCAGCCUCCUUCAUCAAAUCCUCAGAUGUUUGCGUUUAUAUUUCCUGUCAUAUUUUAGCCGCUUACUGUUUCUCUUCUCUCUUUUUAAAAAAAAAAAAAAUUUAGGCCGACCUUGCUGCGGGAACAACACUACCAGUAUCUCAAGAAAGGAUUACGGCACUUGUCAGAUGCUUAUGAGGUAGGACUGUGUGAUAGGAGACAAUAAUGAAAAAUGCAGUGUAACAGAAACAGCAUAUAAGUUUUUUUGUUGGAUUUCCUGCCCGCUGAAGUGUUUUCUCUUUCGUUUUCUAUCAGCUCCAUCAUUCUUCCUCCUGUCACAGCCUCCUUCUCUUACUGACUCAUCUCACUGUCUCCUUCAUUGCUGUAAUUGGUCAUCUGAUGCCCAUCUGAUCAUGUGAUUUGUGUCUCUGUGUGUGUGUGUUUAGUGUCUGGAUGCUAGCAGACCGUGGCUCUGCUUCUGGAUUCUUCACAGUCUGGAGCUUCUAGAGGAGCCCAUUCCCGCUGCUGUCGCCUCAGAGUGAGUCACACUCUCAGUCGACUACUACACCACUACCAAGGGGCAGUAUUGGAGCCAAACAGAGCUGCUGCGCUGCCAGAGAAUCUGAAUUUAUUAUAAUUGCAAAGUACUCAUAAUUACUUUCAGAGCAAAAUGCUGCUGCUGUGCAAUCACCAUAAUAAGUGAUCAACCGCAGCCGCUAACACAAACGUCUCAUUGCCCAGCAGAAGAGAACAUUUUUUAUAAGUCAUAUGCAGUUUAUGCCUAUUAGAGGACAAAGAGGAAAAUGUCAUGCUCAAAGCACACUUACCCUCUGAUGCUGGGAAAAAAAUGACGCUAGUGUAGAAGCUAGUGAUGCCAAGAAGUCACUAGAUGACGCCAUCGCCUAAUUUGUAUAAUUUUUCAAGGUAUCAAGGGUAUCUUUACUAUCCCCGAGGGGCAACUUGCUUCACAGCUAGCAUUUUACACAGUUCUCUCAACAGUUAAGACACAAAGCAUUUGAAACAGUGCAUCAGCAUCAAAAUAAAUAAAAACCAUAUAAAGAUUUUACAUUGAACUAUUUGAAAGACUUAUAGCAGUCAGGACAAAGGAAUUUUUAAAUCUGUUUGUUUUACAUGGUAGGGGGACGUAUCUACGUCCAGAAGGGAGCAGCAUGAACUCCUUUAAAUAGUGGGUGGUCUGGUUCUCCAAGGAUAGACUUGGCUUUGUUAAGAGUUCUGAGCUUGAAAUGGUCCGUCAGAUCACUCAGGGUAGUGCCUGCAAUUUCACAGCAGGUCUUAACUAAGCCUAAGAGACGGUUUUUGUUUUUAAAUUGAGUAAACCAUAAAAACAGAUAAGAGAAAAAGUAAGAAUAGGUUCAAUAAAACAAGAAUAAAACAUUUUCAUACACAAACAUUUUCAAGACACUGUCUACAUUAAAGUUCCUGAGCUUGCGAUAAAAGAACAGUCUUUGGUUGACUUUCCCUCAGACAGCGUCUACCUGAUACUAAAACUCAUUCUGUCAUUUUCCAGCCCCCGCCCACUUCCCAUUUCACACCCGCUACCCGUUGAGAAGAGUAACAUCACUACCUGCUUUCAUUUCUGUCCAAAUCUUGCUAGGGGGGUCUGAAAAGUGGCUAAAUGUAGAGACAAAGUCACUAGGUUGGCAACACUGGAAGCUCCCAAUAAAAUACAGUUGCAUAAGGGUUAAUUUGAAGCUUUUCCCAUCAACACCCUUUAUCAAAACACCUACAAAUGAUAAUUGUGUUUCCAAAAAGCUGCCAGGCAAGUGCAGCUCAUACCCUUUUCAUAUAAUUUGUACAAUUAAUUUCUGUUUUGAAGACUCAGGGUUUUGAAAAUGAGUCAUAUGUUCCAACAGUUCAAUAGACCCGAAACGCAAACCGAGAAGCUUGAAUAAGAAACAGGUUCAAACAGGAGAACGAAAAAACAACUAACUGAGAAUAAAAGUUUCCAAGGACAAAAUAGUCCAAAGUGGAUGGAAGGAAAGCUAAUAGUAAUGAAACAGCUGUGACACGAGACACAGAAACAUUCCUCUUCUAACAUUUUCCAGUAAAUGACACAUUUGACAGUCAGGAGUCAGCAGGGUGAGAUUUUUUUUGUCAGGAAACACAAUUUAAAGGUGUAAACCUUGUUUUGUCCACAGGGGGGCUCAAAAAAUGACACGGGCCAAAAGUUCUUUACUGGAGCUUUAAAGAUACUUCACACAGGAGUCAGACAUGAAAACAACUACAAUACUGUGCAAUACUGGGACUAUAUAAAACUUUACACACUCACAUGACAAACAAAACCUUCCCAGGAAUGAGAGGCUGGUAUAGUGAUGAACUGUGAGUUAAAUUGGUUUUGGUGUUGAUGAGAGAAGCAUCGCACCUCAUGUUCUCCCUGAAAUUACUGCGGCAGGUAAUUGUGCAUAACAUGUCUAAGGAUUGAACUGAGCAGAACAGGCAGGUGUGAUAUCGCAGACAUGUUCCUGCAGCUGUGACCUCAAACAGUGCCGCUGUUGUCGCCUCCAAAAUGCCAUUUGAUUAAAUUACUGCCAGUCCAAAGAAACUCUGCAAACCCCAGAGCGAGCGGCAGUGCCAGAACGCUAACCCACUCUCUCAUUAUGACAGUAAGGCAUGCCAACUCACCGGCUGGCACUGCCAGUGACGCCUUCACGAACACACACACACACACACACACACACACACACACACACACACACACACACACACACACACACACACACACAGGCACUGCUCAAGGAUCUGUAACAAUACAACCUACGACAGAUUGUUUCUUAUGAAGUGCACACUGUUCUCAGGUCAGUUUUGGCAGCAGUUUCUGAGGUUUUCCUUCCAACUCAAAUGGCUUACAGUUUUGCGAAUUCCCUUAAUGGGCAAGGCUGAAGUGGAUGUUUGAGAGAGGCAGAAAGAAAGAAAGAGAGAGAGAGAGAGAGAGAGAUAGUUAGUGGCCAAAUCAGCUUUGAAAUGUCUGAGUCAAGGGAAGAAAGAAAGUUCAACAUUGAACACAAACACUUUUUAAAGGCGUUGAUAUAAAACCUCCCUCCAAUGUAAAAAAAAACAUUGCUUUGUAUUUUAUGGCUAAGAUUGAUUUAUACAGAAAGUGGAAUCAACAUUUCUUGUGUGUCUUUUCACUCCAGUGUGUGCCAGUUUCUGGCUCGCUGUCAGAGCCCCACAGGAGGUUUCGCGGGAGGUCCAGGACAACACGCUCACCUCGCACCUACAUAUGCUGCUGUCAACGCCCUCUGUAUCCUCGGCACAGAGGAGGCCUAUAACGUUAUAGACAGGUACAGUCCAGGUCCGACACCACACCAUGUGUUACUCUGUGACUGAAUAACAUUAAUGAAGGUAAAGGAUGUCUCAUGUCUCAUUGAAGUGUGGCUAACAUUAGCAGAGCUAGCACCACCAGCUUUCGGUCCGUCAACAGUCUCACUGUCUAAUGAAAUUGUAUCCCACUGCUCCCUCUUUCUCUCUCUUCCCUUAUCUCCUUCCCUCCUGCGCUGACUCCUCUCCAGGGAGAAGCUGUUAGAUUUCCUAUGGUCUGUGAAGCAGCCAGAUGGCUCCUUUGUGAUGCACGUUGGAGGGGAGGUGGAUGUCAGGUAAGACACUGUUGCCCACUUCUCCUCUCUCUUUUAGAUUCCCCCUCGAUAUUGUAUCACAUUUCUUUGACUGCACUCAUCAUGACAGGGCGAAAACUGGUUGAAAAACAUCUGUCUUUUUUGAAGUCCAUCUCCAUUGUGUUUUUUUUAUUCUUGUUUCUCUUUGGUGUUGAUAAAUAAGAGGAGAUAUACCCGUGUCUCCACUGCAGGAGGAGAGUGGAUUUGAGUCAGUUUCCCUCUCUUUGAAUCUACUUUGUAGAGUAGUGACUUUCUAAUAAGCCACUUUGAGGUAUCCUCUUCAGUUUCUACAAAGAACCGCAAAAGUCAGAAUAACUUCUCUGCUCUCGGAGGACGCUGUUAUCCGUUGCAAACCAAUUAAUGUUCUGCUGUCAUUCUGUAUUAUUUCAGCUCUUUUUUCCCCGUUUCUCUGAUUUUCUCAUCUCUCUCUCUCUCUCGCUCUCUCUCUCUGUGUCUGUCUCUCUCUCUCUCUCUGUCUCUGUCUCUCUCUCUUUUGGAAACCACAAAUCUCCAAAAUGUCAACUUUUAAUGAACGAAGAAGAAUCAUCUGCUGGAUCUUCACAGUGUUAUGAGACUUAGAAGUUGUUCAGUCUCUUUUUUCAUUUGAGGGGAUGUCUGCAGAUAUUAAAAAAACUUUUCUCAUUAUGAACAAAAAUCCAUCAGUGAAUUGAUCAGAUUAAUCAGUCCCAUCAGGUCAGACUGUCUUUGCAAAAGCAGGGCUGAAGUUCGGCACUCACAGCUGAUGAAGUCUGUGUGUCAGGCUCCUCAGGUUAUUGGUAGGAGGACGUGUUUUUACAAGCUAAGCCUCUCUAGAAACAACUCUCAUAUUUGUUAAGCCUUUUAUUUGCAAUUUAAAUCACUGAUUUUGUUUGCAAAUUUUCAGUUUCAGGUUGUAAAAACUACUGCUGGUCUGAUUUCUUUCUUCAAUUUAGAUCAGCUGGGAUUACAACUAUUACACAAACACAAAAAUCUGUGCAGGUGUUUAUUUUCGGUCUGCUGGCGAUCUAAAAAUAAGACGCUCUGCUCUGAAAAAUAUGUCUGUUUGUAGGAGGAGCGGACUUCCUCCUCACCCACGUCUGUGCUGUUUCCUUUCUCCAGGAGCGCGUACUGUGCAGCCUCUGUAGCAUCGCUCACAAACAUCCUCACGCCUAAACUCUUCGAGGACACAACCGGCUGGAUCCUCAGGUACGACCCAAAAACACAGCGGGCUGUCGCUGAAUUAUUGAAGACAGUUUUGCGCCGACAUAAAGCAGCACUGAGGUUUUGUUCAUGUGUGUUUUUUUUUUUUUUACUCUGUCUCCAGGUGUCAGAACUGGGAGGGCGGUCUAAGCGGGGUGCCGGGGUUAGAGGCCCAUGGGGGGUACACGUUCUGCGGCACAGCUGCCCUUGUUAUCCUGGGGAAAGAACAUAUGCUGGAUCUCAAAGCUUUACUGGUGAGACGCAUCUGAUAUUUAAAGUCCUGUCUAAACAAAAAGAAAGGAGCAGGAAAAUCAGCCCCUAAAGUGAGGUGCUACUCAGCUUCUCUCUCCCAAUGAAACCCUUUAAUUUGGACUGGAGCAGAGGCACAGCGCUGGAGUCUGAUCUAAUGUAGCUGUGAGCGAGAUCAUGAUGUGUUUUAAUCGUAGUCAUGUUCCCACCAGCUCUUAUAAACCUCUGGUAGAGUGGUUUGUGUUUCCUCCAUUGGGAUUUGAUGUUCUGCUCUAUAUAGGGAAACAUUUCUUGUUAUUUUCCUGCUUCCAGAGAAGUUAGAGCAGCAGCCAAGUUCUGAAGUCGAGUUCAAGUACACAUGUUUGAAGACACACAGCUGUAAGGUCAUAAGAAAAAGAGAGAAAUGUUGUGUCAUUGGUUAACUAGCCUGUAGCGCCACUUACUGAAGAGGAAGCACAACAGGAUCUCGUAGCAGGAGGAUGAAUAUCAUCCUCUCCCAGUCACUCCCUUUACUCUCUUGCUUUGCAUUAAGCAGUUGGUGUUGCAAUAAAGACACAUUUGCAUGUGACUGGUCUGAAAACCUGUUCUUCACCUCCUAAAGAGGUUUUGGUGUCGUGUUCAGUUGCAUUCUCAGGACAGAGCUUUGGUAAAUUAACCAAAGUGUUAACAGCCAAGUUCGAGUUAAUGUAACUUUGAGGUUAUUCCUGAGCAACAAGAACCACAUUUCUGCAAAAGCUGGAGUCACUCAGUACGUUUGAUUACUUUUAUGUUCAAUAGAGUGAUUAUGUAGCAGAAGAUUCAUCUGUAUGACGACUGUCUGCAUGUUAGGCUCCUUUUUAAAGAGCUUUUGUUGCAAUUUUCUGUCUUUUAGGAAACCUAAUUUGAAACCUUUUGGAUCUGGACUGUUAUGUCCUACAAAAUAAGAUAUUUGCCAAGCGUAUUGCAUUCUCCAAAAAAAAACGCUCUGUUUUUCAGAUUAAUUUUUGUUGUUCUGUUCUUUUGACUAAUUUUUUCCCCUCUGACUAAUUUUUCAUGUUUUCAGACUAAUAGUUUUUCCUAUUCUCUGGGAUCAUGAUCAUUUAAAAACAGGUGCUUUUAUCAAUAUAUUGGAAGCAAUAAAUGAAUUUCCCUCUGGGAUUAAUAAAGUAUCUAUCUAUCUAUCUAUUUAUCCAUCCAUCCAUCCCAUCCAUCCAUCCAUCCAUCCAUCCAUCCACCCACAUGGCCCACUUGUUUAGUUUAAUCAAGUUUUACUUUCUUUUAGGUUUUACACACUGAGAGAUACUCCUUCCUUUAAGUCAGAUAGAUGGAAUCGUCAUAAGUUUGUCUACUUUGCGCAGGCCCCUCAGGAUUUGCAUCCCCUUUGUUUGACUCACAACAUGCGUUACUCUCACUGACCCCAUUGUCGGCGUUAUCUAGGAGCUGGAGAAGCUGCUGAUUUGAUAACGUUAUCUGACUGUAUGAGAUUCUCAUAGGAUUUUUUAAGUAUCUUACUUAGUGAGGAAAAAAAUAGUUUUAAUAACAGAAAGACGAAAAAAAUAGUGCAAAAAAAAAAAACAGAAUAAAAAUUUGUUCAAAAAAAAAAAACAGAAAGAGGGGAAAAAAUAUUACAACAAAAAACAGAAGAAAAAAAAUUGUCCGAAAAACAGCAAAGAAGAAAAACAACACUUAAGAAACACCCUUUUUUUUAAUUUAUUUUUUAUAAACCUAAUAGACCAGCUCUGACUCUACACAGCUUCAAUCGAAUAUUUAUAAUUUAUCAUAUUCAUAAGGAGACUUCUGACUAUGUUGAAUCCAAGGCUGAAUAAAAUGGUUUUCUUUCUUUUUCUUCCAGUUUGAUGACCUUGUUGUUCCUUUAAACUGAAGCUGUGUUUGAACUGAUGUGAACAAAAGCUGCUUUAAUUAACUCUUCUUUUAUGCAGCGAUGUAGGAUGAGUCAUUUUGGUGAAAAAGUCCCAGUUUCAUCUCCAAGAGGAUGAAUAAAUCAUUAACACUGAGAACAGAUUCAUGUCGAUGGCGACUCUCAGACUCUUGUUGUGUGUUUUUUUAGGGAGCAUUACCCAAGUUUCAUUUUCAGAGGAUGGAGUUAACAAUCUGUGAAGAGACGAGACGUUUCUCUCUGUUGGAUAUUGUUCUGAGAGUACAAAGCCGUGAACACAACCAAGUGAUAGAAAUCACACCUUAAGAAGUGAGGUUUGAAAACCUAAAAAUGACAGUUUUUCACAGGAUGCAGUAAGUGCUCCACUAAACUGAGCAGCAGAAAGCAUGUCAGAUUUUUAGUACUGACUUUUAACAAAAAAAAGAAAGACCCUUAAUUUGAAAAGUCUUGAACACCAGGGUAUUUGCAUUUACAUCAGGCCCUGCUGGAAGUCUCUGUACAACUCUAGAGCUAACAAAUCCUGCAUAUUUAAAGCUGACAGGAGGCCAGAGUAAACCCCAUCACAUAAAAUAUGCAUAUUUAAAAAGUGUUUCUUUGUUUUACAUUCACUCUGGAGAAACUGGUGUUUGUAAAGAGAACAUGCUGCCCCAGCUGCUGGAAAAGAACAUGUAAACCAACGUCAAUCCUCGAAACUUUCCUAAAAUAAUGAAGUAAUGGCACGAAAUAAUGAGCUGAUCUCACUGAGGGAUGGACUAGUACUUAAAGGGAUAUUCCAGCGUAAAUUAAAGUUAUGGUCAAACACACGGUAACACCAAGUUAGACAAUCCCUCAAGAGAUGAAGGCUGCCUUUCUUUAGCAAAGAGACCAAACACAACUCACCCACUCUCCUCCAGCAACUGCUUGUUUGUGGGGGAGCCCUGACGAGUCGAUCACCGAGUGCAGUGGCGUUUUGCCAUUUAUGAUUAUUACUUCAUGGAAAUGCAACCAGACCGAGACGCUAAGGCAGAAGAACCAUCGGGUUUACAGUGAAAAAUGAUUAUUAUGAUGAUUAUUACUUCAUGGAAAUGAUCCGCUGCAGUCUGUGAUUGACUCGUCAGGGCUCCCCCAGUUGUCCUAGAGGUCAAUGUGUACCCCUAAUAUCUAGAUUAUGUUGUAAUUGUAUGGCCUGAGUUCCUGUCCUACAUGUUAUACUCAGCUCGCUUCUCAUUUCCUGCUCUGUCCACUGUUCUAUCCUCUCUAAAUAAAAGCAAUAAAAUACAAAAAUUUACAAACAAAAUGAAAAAUGAUGAAUUGACACAAAUAUCUGACAUAUUUGUGUUAAUUGCAAAUCUUGCUAAAACAUGAAAUCUAAAGUAUCUUAAAGGGAUUCCGGUAUAAAUUGAAGUUAUGGUCAAACAUACGGUAACACCGAGUUAGACACCCCCUCUAGAGAUGAAUGUUGCCGACUGCUUGCUUCUCUAGUUAUACCAACUUUAGUAAUAAUGACACAGCCCUUUAAUGUCAUCAUCAUUUUAUGAUAAUUUUUUAUGCAUGAGAUCCUAAAUACUUUUGUCUUUCCUGAGAUUUCUCCUCAGUCUCCAACGCCGAUGAUCAUGCAUGUGUGUGUGUUUGUUGUGUGUCCCCCUCAGCGGUGGGUGGUCAGCAGACAGAUGCGUUUUGAAGGAGGCUUCCAGGGUCGCUGUAACAAGCUGGUAGACGGCUGCUACUCUUUCUGGCAGGCUGGACUCCUUCCUCUCCUCCACAGAGCUUUAUUUAAAGAAGGUACUCUCACUGCGGAUGCUGUCUGUACAAAGAUAGUUCUUUUCAAUCAGAAAUUCUGGAAGGCUUUUGACAAAGACUGAACUUUUUCUCAGUUUUUAUUUAGUUUUGUCAUCUUCUAUGCAGAGCAAAAGUUUGUUAUUUGGAGGUUUUGAGAGUUUUGUGUUUGAAUUGUGUCCGUGCAGGAGAGUCCGAGCUUAGUCGGCAGCGGUGGAUGUUCGAGCAGCAGGCCUUGCAGGAGUACAUCCUCCUCUGCUGUCAGAACCCAGCAGGGGGCCUCGUGGAUAAGCCUGGCAAGUCAGUCCCACACCAUAUGGACACACACACACACACACACACUUACAAAACUGGCAUUUGCUCCACACAUACUCUCAAAACAGUCAGUGUGAUCCUCAUAGUUUUGCAUCUAACACAUCCAUGUCCUGUGUAAUGUCUCUGUGCGUGCAGGUCCAGAGAUUUCUACCACACGUGUUACUGCCUGAGUGGGCUCUCUAUAGCACAGCACUUUGGAAACCAGGAGAUCCAUCAUGCGAUGAUCCUGGGCAGGGAGGAGAACAGGCUGGUAAGGCUGCAGCAAAGCUUAGGGAGGGAACUGAGUGGAUUUUUUAUUGAUUUAUUUUUUUACAUUAGCUAGAUUCUUUUUAGCGGAAACAAGUGACACUGUGCAUAAAGUGAGUUUUUCAAUCCGUGUAUCAUUUGUUCAUUCAGUUUUCAAAAUAAAACCAAAAAUGAAAAAACGAGAAAAGAAAUUUUUUUCUAAAUAUUUCUCUAAAACCAAAAUGAAAAAAAGGGUAACAACUAAUUUUCUGUUUUCUUCAGUUCAAAUGAAAAUGGGAUAAAUGGAUAACGACAGUUUUAUCUGCUUCAGACUUUUUCAUCUGUAGAAAGUUUCGUGACCUGAAAAUGAACCUUUGGCAUUAUGGCUGGAUUCGAAAAUUAUUCAGAGCACAUAUGGCACUUUUUUCAGGAUGGCAGAACUCAUGCAGUUUUCCACCACACAGCAGGAGGCAGGAGUGUCGAGGUGUUCUGAAAUGUCCGUCAGAGUGUUCUGUGUCCAAAACAAGCUGAGGAGAAAAGGACAUGUAUCAGUCACACAGCUGGGGACCACCCCCAUGAAACUUUGUAUAGACGAAAAAGUCUAAAUCAGAUAAAACUGUUGUUAUCCAUUUAUCCCAUUUUCAUUUGAGCUAAGGAAAACGGAAAAUUGGAAAAUGAACCGUUAUUUUUUUCCUUUUCGUUUUAGAGACGAAUGUUAGAAAAGAAUUCGUUUUCUCAUUUUUGGUUUUAUUUUGAAAAUCGAAUGAAUGAAUGCUACACGGAUUACACGGAUCAAAAAGUUUAAGUUUCUUCAUGUUUCAACACUGAUGGGUUAAGAUGAUGGCCUUAUCCUACAAGGUGAGACUUGAUUUAGGCCCGAACUACACGAAGGCGGAUAUAUUUCAAACCGCACAUAUUUAUGUCCGAUUAGGCCUCCCUACCACACCAAACCGGGAGUUUGGAGCACUCAAACCGGAUAAAUCUGAAUCCGGAAAAACAAGCGGAGAAAUAAAAAAAUAUCCGUAUCCCGUAUCCGUAGUGGAUUCGUGUGGUCGGACUUUUACGGAUCGAUGACGUCAAACCGCAGCUCGCGCAUGCGAAUUAAAAACAAAAACAAUAACAACAACGAUGGUGGACAUACAGGGUAUUCUCUACGUUUGUUUCGCCCUUUUGGGGCUAAUUUCAGCCUUGAAAGUGAACCUUAUUUUAUACAAUUACAUCCACCAGUCAGCCAGCUCACAGAGGCGUCUGCUGUGCCCAAUAUUUUUUUGGAGAGCAAUCGUAAUGUUAACGUUAGGCGUUUUAAAGUUCGCCAGAAGCGUAAGUUUUGGGUCAAGUGGUGGGACAACUUCGUUAGAGGGGCUGUGCCUGCAGAUGAAUGGAAGCUAAACUUCCGAUUCAUCGGCCAAUCAGGUAGCUUUGUUCCUGAAUUUUUUUUUAAGCGGCACCAGAUAGGAUUGAGUUUGAAGGCUACGUGUGGACGCAGAUAUUUUUGAGAACUAACACGUGUGGACAGAUACAUUUAUUUAGACGGGAGUACAAAAAUAUCCAGAUAAAUAAAUAUCCGCCUUCGUGUAGUUCGGGCCUUAGUCCUGAUGUUGGCUCUUUGCUGGGUCUCCUUUCUCACAUUUUUGACUCUUUCAUAAUAAUGACUCUUCUUUAUUUUGAUUUCCCUUCUACAGAGCUGUCAACCCUUAUUUAAAAAGCUCUUAAAAGCCAGAUUAAGGUUUUUUUGUCAGUCAUAUUUUGUAAAAUGCGUGUUCUUGGUUUUGAUUUCAGUUUGCGUCACUCUCAGGUCUGUCAGCUAAAUAUGAACAACAUUCAGCAGCUGUUAGCUUCACAUACUAUAGAGACUGGAAACAGUUAGCCAAGUUAUACCUUUGUAUUUAAAACAUAAAAAUGAACAUGUAGUCUUUUUUCUUUCUUUUUUUUAAUCCAUCACAAAGUUUUAAGUAUCUUUAACUUUUAAGACAAUCCCUUAAUGUCAAGUCAAACUUUUUUAUAAGGCACCUUUGAGAAGACGGCAGUCAAACAAAGUGCUGUACAUAGGAUGAAUAAAAGAAGUAAAUUAAUAGAUAACAAUAGAACAAUAACAUUAAAAACAGUGGAAUGAAAUACAGACAGUGCCUGUGAUUCGUGUGUGCUCAUUUACGCAAGGGAGAAAAGGUGAUUCUUUAAGGAUGAUUUAAAAGUCUCUAGGGUCUGUGAGGCUCUUAUAUGGUCAGGUUAAUGUCCAACUUGUCAAACAGAUGGUUUAAAAAAACUGAACUUAGUCUUAUGAAGUUUUGAUAUGAAAGUCUGGGGCACUUUCAGAGCUCCUGUACAUGAUUUGGAACCCCCCCCCCCCCCCCCCCACACACACACACACACACAAAACGCCUCUUUAAUGAACAUAGAUAUAUAUAUAUAUAUAUAUAUAUAUAUAUAUAUAUAUAUAUAAACACUAGAUGGCUUACGCACGCUGUAAGCCAAUGGCGGCCAUCUUGUUUCAGGCACCACGCCCGUUCAUAACAUUCCAGUCUACAGUGCAGGUAGCAUUUCAAUAACUGCAGAUUGCUUAAUUUUUAACCGAUUUUCAAACAGUGUAGUUUGUAACAAACCUCAGAGUUAUAGUUAUGUUCCUGCACACUCAAGAAUAAUUUUAACCAUGGACUUUCAUAAAUAAACAUUAAGCAGAUAGGUAGGGCAAUAGCUUAAGGCCUAAACACAAGGCAGCUAUAUUAAAUCAUUUUUCUAAAGAAAAGCUGCAAUUUUAAUAUGUCCAAGCUCAUAGCCACUUUAUUGAGGUAUGUAAUAAACAAAACCAUUUGUAAAUCUGUCAAGAUUUCAGUGAGUUAAGAGUAUUUUUGAUCAUGCAAAUUACUCAACCUUUGUCAGCUACCACAGAGCGUACCUGGAAUGUUAUACUGGAGUAAGAUGGCUGCCGUGUAAGGAUGCCAAUGACUCAGCCUUUCUUAUCGAUAUCUAUGUCUGUGAAACCCUCGUUUCAGCGCUCUUCCAGUCUUUUCUGACACUCUGUUUUCACUUCUUUUCCAGUGAUAUAAAGUAUGACACAGCUCUUGGGUGUUGCUUUUUACACAGCUGUGUAGCUUGCACAGAAAACACCAGAGGCUAGCUGUAAUUCACCAUGUUUGCUCUCCAUACAGCUUCAGAUUUCAGUAACAGCUGGAAUCAAAAUCCAGAUCCUGCUGGCCUUUUUUUUCAUUAAUGAGUCAUUAAAGAAAUAUUUUCUCUGCUAUUGUUUUGAAUUCACCCUUUUUGGCCUCACUGUUCCAGAUCGAUGUACUCUGCUGAAAGAGUGCUCAACUGGACAGAGGUGUAGCUUGUUGAAUCAAUGUUUAUUUGACUUGUUUUAAAUGCUAAGAUAUGGUGUCCUGUAUCCAGAAUAGAUCUGAAUGAAAACCUAAGUUUCUGUAAUGAUAGAGCCCAAAAUAGAGCCUCAUUAGUGGGCCCCUUGUAGGGUUAUUAAACCUGAUCAACUCUGAUGGUUUAAUGGUUGGAAUUAUAGUCUGUAGCUUUAAUCUGUAUCUGCAGCUCCUUGAAGAUGAAAAGAAAAUCUUAAAAUCACUGAACGCCUUUGAAAGAAGUCUCAACAACCACUCAUUUAGCCUCUGAUGCAUUUUAACACUUAAAUUCAACACCAUGGGGUAAAUUAAUGAGCUGCUGCCACUUUAUAUCUGCAGGUUUGACGUAUAAAUUCAGGUGCAUGCACCUGCUUUAACAGCCCCCAAAAAGCUAAUACUGCCCUUUCACAGGCCUGUAAUAUCUUUUUGAAGUAUGAGGGUGUAUUUCCUGUGAGUGAAUAUUAAAGGAGAAGCUCUCGCUGUCAGGCGAGGAGCUGAAAUAAAACUCUCAGGCCAAGCUUGCAUGUGGUUUCACUUGAAGAUGCCUCGGUCUGUGCUUUGGUUUUCUGUUUCCUGUUGUAUUACUGGCACUAGGAGUUGGUUACAGUAAGUUUGCCCUCAGUAGAUGUGCUUUAGCAUGUCAUGUCUUGGACUCAUACAUCACAGAAAACAGGAACUAGCCUGUAUCCUGGCAGCCAAUGUCACCUGGAGUUAAGAUUAUUUUUGUUGUCACUAACUCAAACCUGGUCAGAGUAUAAAAGAGGCUCAAAAGAACAACACUCUUUAUUUUUGCACUUCAGGCUCCGACUCAUCCAGUUUACAACAUCUGUCCAGAGAAGGUGGCUCAGGCCCUGCAGCACUUCCACCGACUACCUGUCCCCGAAGACAGCAGACAGCCCGGGGCCGCCGCUGAUGUCCAACCGUCCGACCCUGCCGCCGCUGCCGCCUCUGAAUCAGCUGACAAUCAGUCCUAGUUAGUCCCCUGCGGUGACAUCAAUGUAUGAAUCACGAACCAGCCAAUGUUAUCCAGGGAACAGACUCGAACCAGCACACAGCCUACGGUCAGGUCUGAUUCAGACGAGCCCGGGAGCUGGACUAGAGGGUCGACCCUCUGUAGAGAUGAGGGCUGGAGUUUAGGAGGAGUUUUCCCCAAGUACAGGCUGACAGGAAUGUGUGGGCAGCUUCACACUCAGCUGAGUUUUUUGCUUGCAUUGUUUGUUUUCUUUCUCUGAAUAAAAAGUGAAACUCUGUGAGGUUUCCAUAUGACUCCAGUCAAUAAAGCUUUUAGAGCACUUUUUAUCACGGUGUUUCAAAAUGA